AGAUAUCAGCCGAAGCGUUCGUACAACUGGAGCCGCUUAUGUUGUACUGCAGCCGUCGACAGUUUGGGGCGGUAGGAGGAGAGUAGACUGUUUGUUUUCAUAAGAAACCGGCACGAGGGGGGUGCUACUUGUUCGUCCUCGAGCAAACUGUGGUUUUUGCGUGUCCGUGGGAGAAGUAAGUGUUUUCAUGUUGUGCAGUUUCCAGUGUUUGCGCGAAGACUUCCAACUGGCGAAUCGCAUCAGUUCGCCCGGAGGGUCAUCGUCAGCGUCGACCGUUUAGAAAAUGACCGGAGAGAAGAUCCGCUCCCUGCGCAAGGACCACAGGCCGAGCAAAGACGAGGACUUACUGGAGCCGGACGAAGAGGCUGCGACCGGGACGUUUACAGCCUCCAGGACGAACAACAAGAGCAGAGCGAGUAAAAUCUUCAGCAACCACAAGUUAAUCAAGUCUUCAUCCACACAACAACAACAACAGCAACAGCAACAGCAGCAGCAGAACCAACAGUCCCAGAUUAAUGCUAACACCAACACACUGUCAACAUCCGAUGUUAUCGAUGACAACAACAAAAACCCCAUUAUCCGAACUGGGCAGGACUUUCCGGUGCACGAAUGUGUAUUUAAAGGAGAUGUCCGACGACUGUCUUCGCUCAUACGGACGCAGAAUAUCGCCCAGAAAGACGUCCAUGGAAACACACCGCUGCAUCUUGCUGUCAUGAUGGGACAUAAAGAGUGUGCCCAUCUGCUGCUGGCCCACAAUGCACCAGUGAAGGUGAAGAACGCUCAGGGAUGGAGCCCUCUCGCCGAGGCCAUUAGCUACGGAGACCGACAGAUGAUCACAGCGCUGCUGAGGAAGCUGAAGCAACAGUCCAGAGAGAGCGUGGAGGACAAGAGGCCCAAACUGCUGAAAGCCCUCAAAGAGCUUGGAGACUUUUACUUGGAGCUUCACUGGGACUUCCAAAGUUGGGUGCCUUUGCUCUCCAGAAUCCUGCCUUCAGAUGCCUGCAAGAUCUACAAACAAGGCAUCAACAUCAGAUUGGAUACAACCCUGAUAGACUUCACUGACAUGAAAUGCCAGCGGGGUGACCUCAGUUUCAUCUUUAACGGCAAUGCUAUUCCCUCCGAGUCUUUUGUUGUGCUGGAUAAUGAACAGAAAGUCUACCAGCGGAUACACCACGAGGAGUCAGAGAUGGAAACGGAAGAAGAAGUGGAUAUUCUGAUGAGCAGCGACGUGUACUCCGCCACACUGUCCACCAAGUCCAUCACGUUCUCUAGGGCGCAGACUGGUUGGCUUUUCAGGGAAGACAAGACGGAGCGCGUGGGAAACUUUCUGGCCGAUUUCUACUCUGUGAACGGCCUGGUGCUCGAGUCCAGGAAGAGGAGAGAGCAUCUGAGCGAGGAGGACAUCUUGAGGAACAAAGCCAUCAUGGAGAGUCUGAGCAAAGGAGGGAACCUCAUAGAGCAGAACUUUGAGCCAGCAAGAAGGCAAUCUCUAACUCCCCCGUCACCCAACACUAUAUCCUGGGAAGAAUACAUCACGGCUGAAAAUGGAAAAGCUCCUCAUCUAGGAAGAGAGCUGGUGUGCAAGGAGAGCAAGAAAAACUUCAAAGCCACAAUAGCCAUGAGUCAAGACUUCCCUCUGAGCAUCGAAUCGUUACUGAAUGUUCUGGAAGUGAUUGCACCCUUCAAGCACUUUAAUAAACUCAGGGAGUUUGUUCAGAUGAAGCUCCCCCCUGGCUUUCCCGUCAAGCUUGACAUCCCUGUGUUUCCUACGAUCACGGCCACGGUGACGUUUCAGGAGUUUCGCUACGAUGAGUUUGAUGAAUCCAUUUUUAGCAUUCCCAAUGAUUAUAAAGAAGACCCUAGCCGCUUCCCCGACCUUUAACCUCACACACUGGACACUGAACCGCAAACAAGCAACGAGGCAACAUUAUGCUACAGAGGGUACUUUUUGAAUUUAAAAAACAUGAGGAAUAAAAACUGUGUUUUGCGACUACCCCUCGCCCACCCCGACUCUGAAUACAGACGGCGACCAGACGGCCUAACACACCUAAAUUUAAAUCCGAGGUAGCGGGUUGUUCGACAUCUCCUCGUGUCGCAGGUUUGAACUUUACCUUUUAGAUUUGAUUCGAUGCAGCGUCCAAGGCAGGAAGUGCAGGUAACUGUGAGAAUCUCAUCAGUGAAGGGGCAUUGGAGUUAAUAUGAAAAACACAGCAGGUGAAUUUUCUGUAUAUUGAGUACGAGUACGAAAAACAGCAGCUCAGCUGAUGCUUUGUAUUUAAGUAUGUAAGUAAUGUUCAUAAAGGGACUUUUAAACUGAUGUGUAGUUAAAGCACUGAGUGACUGUGAGACGCUGGAGAGGAAUUCCACUUGAAAUUGAUUUUGAGAUCAAUUUUUCACUUUUCCUUCUUACUAAAAAAAAAACACUUGUGAAAAAACAUCAGCCUUUUUUUAUUUUAUGAUCUUACAUUUAUUAAAUUACAUAUAAUAAUUUAUAUCCUAAUCUGUGUUACAGGCCUGUGUAAGAACUCUAUCAAAGAACACACUAGACUAUUCCUAUUUAAUGAUUAAGGAUGAAAUGUAAAUGUCCAAAAGGGUCGAAUUCUUACUAAAAAAGUGUUACUUAAAAAAAUAUGUACAUCUACAUUGGAUUAUAACGGCCAUGUUAAGUAAACAAGAAAGUGAAGGGUCUGUUAUUUUAAUUUGGAAGUAAGUUUGAAAUGCCAAGAAGAAGCUCGACAUUUGACAACAAUAUUCUUGGGAUGUGAGGUUAAUUUAAUUAGUUUUUUCUUAAUGUGGCCUUUAUAAUCCUUUGAGAAGUUUGUUUUGUAUAAGGCUGAGUGCUUUUUGUAGAUCAAAAUCCUUAAAAAAAAAAAAUCAGUUUUCUGUAGAAUUCCACUUUAACUGUGCACAUUUUUAAAGUGUGUGUGUGUGUGUGUGUGUGUGUGUGUGUGUGUGUGUGUGUGUGUGUGUGUGUGUGUGUGUGUGUGUGUGCGCGAUGAUUUUUACUGGCACAGAGUUGGUGAAUGUUUGAGGCACUAUUUGGAUCCACUACACCUACUCGCCUUCCAGCUGACUUCUUAGACUCUCAUGUUGUGAAACUGAAUCUUUAAACCUGCAUUUGAAAUAUUAACUUUUAAUGGCGGCAGUGGUAGCGAUGCUGCAGAUUUUAAUGGUACUGCAAAGUCUCAGAGCGACAGGGCAGUGCAAGUUAUGCUAACCCAGCCUUUUGUUUUUUACUUCAUCAUAUUGUUUUGUUUUGUUUUUUUUGUUUGUUUGUUUUUUUGAACUGUGUAACCAACCGCACAGUCCUGGUAAAAGAGGAACUCUGGGGAUUGUACAGUGAGUAGGUGUCUGGGAAUCAGUAAGUACAGCAUUCGUGCCCUUUUUUUUUUUUUUUUCUUCUUACACUUAACAAAAAUCAGGCUUUUCCCCUGCACACUAUAUAAAUACAUGUUCAGCUAUUGAUUUGUCUUUUACUUUCUUUUUUUAUUCCUACGUGUUUAUGGGUUUCAGACAUCCUCUGCAAAAAGAAGAGUUGUGUAAUUUUUUUUAUUUUUUAUGUAGCAGUUUGAGACUGUUGGUUUGUAAAUGGUGGGAGUUGCUUUUUUGUACAUACUUAUGUUGCUUUAACAAGAAAAAAAAGAAUCUCUUGUUUUGUAAGAUUUUUUUUCUUCCUACUCCCUGGAGAUGUGUGGAACCAGUAACCUGUCAGCUGUGUGAAAAAGCUCAAAAUCAGUCUGUAAAAAGUCAAAAGGUGGAUGCUAAAGGAAGGAAGGGUUUAACUCUUAAGGAGUCUUCCUAGGUGCUGCUAUGGUUCAUGAGCUCUUAAUGUUGAUACAGACAGCUUUCUGUGGGAUGUUGCUUUUGUACUGGUGGCUCAGAGUUGUUCAGCAUCCUAAUUAUUGAAACACCGUGCUUAUAUAUGCAUAUUUAGUAUGAUAACCAAAUACAGUUUGACUUUUCACAUUCCAUUCUAUAGUACAGGCAAGCGCAGUUAGUGGAAGUGUGCCUCUUUACUGACAUAAUGCUUUACAUUUAUUUGAUGCUCCUUCCCGACUUCAGCUGCUUGGAUUUGACAUGUUUUCUGUAGGAAAUGAUUUAUCCAUGUCUAAAUGUCGGUUGUACAGCAAAAACUGUUGUAUAAGUCUGCGACACUAUUUUCAUAUAAAAUGUACUGAAAUAAAAAGCCACAUAUCUAAUAA